AUGCGUUUCGCGCUUCUAUGGUCGCUGCUUGCGGUAGAUUCUGUGGUCGCCAGCGUAUGUAAACCUCGCCAGUCAAGCACAGCUGGGAUUGAGACUGCGACGACAGCUACUGUCGAGUUAUCCACCGGCAUCGCGACGUCGACAGUGGAAGAUGUUACCACUACCGAAGUCGCAACGACUGUAGAGACCAGCACCGAGACUGCUGCCUCAACACUCACAGUCGCCGAAACCACAACAAGCGACAUCUCCGGACCUCUAGAAACAUUCGUCCUCGCCGCCAAAGUCGAAGGCACUGUCAGCGAAGAGCUCUCAGGCGCAGACCGCGAUGGCUCGUCAGUAGUAUGGCCAACACCACGCUUCAUCGCCAGCGGUCCAUUGAUCAUCUCCAUCGACUCCACGACGAGUUAUCUCCAAACAAUGGGUGGAUUCUACCUCUGCGUUGCAUACGGAGAUGGCACUUCAGCAAAUGGUGUCAAGCUUUGCAGCGCCGAGUCCCUUGAAACCCCUGCCUCUGGCGCUCUUACGUGUGAGCAGACGGAGGAUCGGAAGAUUGCAUGUGAAGCUCAAGCUGGGCAGUGCAUUAGCGAUGGUGAGAAUACCAUAUGCUCCGAACUUCCGGGGACGUAUGAUCAGUUCUAUUACUAUAGGGGAGCCUUUAAUGGGAUUUAUCUCGGAAUCGGGUCUGCUGUGAAUACCGAUGAGAGCCAGCAUCCUGUUGAACUCAAGGCCAGACGGAGCAGCACAUGA